CUGUGCUUUCAGCAGUCAGCUGUCAACAGGCUGGGCAUGAAGUGAGGCUCAAACAACGACGCAGUACGUGGAAGUGAUAACAAUAAAACGUUUUGUUACUGUCCUGUAAAACUGGUCAUAUCCAUUCAGUGGAUUUUGUAAUCGUGCUUUGCUCGAGAGAUGAUGAACUCGGGACACGAUCAUUGAACACUAUGGACAUGUGAGACUCGACAUGAAUGCAGACGCUGAGGCGAUGCUGGAUUGAAUGGCACUGAGGAUACGAGGCUGUGACCCAGCAGGAGCGCUGCGAUGGCCAGCUGCCACAGUAGCCAUGCGGACACCGCCGAAGCUCCUCCUCCCUCAGCCUCACGGCCGCCAGCCAUGCCCAAGCUCCACGUCCAGGGCUCGCUGUCCCGGAAGUCCAUCACCAUCCACUUCUCGCCCCUGGGCGAGGAGGAGGAGAAGGAGGAGGAGCUCUAUGGGGCAGUUGUGUCCUCUCUUCUUCCCCCUGCUGGACCCAUAAAGGACCCCCCAGGCAUUGUGACGGCCCUGGAGGCUAGCGAGGAUCUGAUCCUUGAUGGAGCCGGGUUGGACUCUGCAGUUGUGCCUAUGUUGUCCUCAACUGGUCCUCAAAGCUCCAUCACCUCCACGUUACCCUCUGAACUGAAAAGCUCCUCUCCUUCCCCUGCCACCACCUCCAAAUCCACUUCCUCCAAGUCUAGCGACAAACCUUUCUUCAGCCUGGUCAAGUCUCUAUCCUCUGACAUAAUUGAGCCUUCUGAAAAUGUCUCCAUCUCCCCCGCUGCCCCCACUUCCGUGCGCCACUGCCACCCGAUGAAAACCCUGGUCAAGUCACUCUCCUCUGACACCUCCCAGGAAUCCCCCCCUUCCUCCUCCUCCUCGCCCUACCGCCUCUCGGACUCCCGCCUCAACCUGCACCUCUUCAAGCAGUUCACGCAGUCCCGUGCCCCAGUAGCUGUCGUUGCCGGGGCUGACUCAAAGACCGCACCCUCCUCGACGCUCACCUCCCCAGACAGCCGCAACUUCUUUAAGGCGUCCGUGGAGGCGAGCAUCGAGGACACUAAGCGCCGUUUCUCCGAGGCCAUCUACGAGCCUCUCCAGCUGUUCAAUAAGAUCAUGGAGGACAAGACUGGAGGCAUUGGCAGCAGUGCCUUUCGGUCCAAAGCGCUCUCGUCCAGUGCUUCGGAGCUCACCUGCCUGGCCUCCCUCAGCAACGGCCAACCGGAGAGCAACAACAACUACAGCAUCAAGGAGGAGGAAACCGGGGAUGAGUGGGAGUCCGAGGGAACCGGAAACGGAGCCAGCUCUCCAAAUCCCACCUCUGACACCAGAAGUCCUAAAAUGUCUUCCACCUCUCUCACCCUGGACAAUUGCUCCAUGUCAGCCCUGUCCAAGCUGGAGGACGAGGACUUCUGUAUCCUGUCUAGUGAGGACUUUGAGGAUAUCGAGGGGGAUUAUGGAGACACAACCGACGAUACAUGUAGCCAAGUCAGACUGCCACCUAGUGGCAGUCCGGAACUAUGCAGUGACGACAAGUCAGAGGGAGAAGAUCUGCCACCCAGCAUUCCACACUACACCCUGAUCAUCAUCACAGCGCUGGUCUACGGGUACUUCGUGUUGCCCCUGCCCACCUACGUUGGGGGUAUGCUGCUGGGAGUGGGACUAGGGUUCAUGCUAGCUAUCGCUGUGGUGUGGUUGGCCGGACCCAAGCCUUCUGGCAAUCGCACCAGACAUCCCAGACACCAGGGGAAGCUGAGGAACAUGGCCCAGCUGGGCAUCAAAGAACCAAGCAUCUUCAAGGGCUGGAUGAACGAGAUAGUGAACUACGACCCGGAGACAUAUCACGCCACUCUGACCCACUCUGUGUAUGUGAGACUGGAGGGCUCCAUCCUGCGCCUGUCCACACCCAACCGCAACAUCGCCCGGCGGGCCACCCAUAAUGAACCCAAGCCCGACGUCACCUAUAUCAGCCAGAAGAUCUACGACCUCACUGACAGCAAGAUCUAUCUGGUGCCCCAGAGUCUGGCUAGGAAGCGUGUGUGGAACAAGAAGUACCCUAUCCGCAUCGAGCUGGCCAAGCAGGAUGACUUCAUGUCCAAGGCAGAGGGCGACCACAGCGAAACCACACACGAGAGAACCACGGCUACAGGAGAGGCGACCGUGGGGACGGAGGAGGCCAAAAGGUCCGGUGGUCCUGAACUGACCCUGUACCUGUUUGGUCGGACGGGGAGGGAGAAGGAGGAGUGGCACCGGAGGAUCCUGUUGGCCUCCAAGCCCCCCAAGACAGGGAUGAAGAGAGUCACUGGUCUGCAGGGGAGUAAGACUGCCUUGAGCUCCCACAGCCGCAGCAGCAGCCGGAGCAGUCUGGACGAGGUGCUAGCGUCUCAGUCAAGGACCAGGGACUCAACAGCAGGCAUAGCUGCCAAGUCCCUACUGGACUACAGUGUCUACAUGGCCACCCUGGUACCCCCAGAGACUGCCACUGCCACGCCCAUCGCUGCCACUAGUUCUGUAGUCCAGAGUCCACAGAGUAGCCCUGGGUCGGGCAACAAGUUGCAGAGCAGCAGCAGCUUUGACCCUGUCGUUUUGCUGGGGGAGGAGGAGCCUGUUGCCUGGGUGAACUCUGCGAUUGGCCGGGUGGCAUGGGACUUCCUGGGCGAGCCCUACUGGGCUGACGUGGUCUCCAAGAAGAUCCAGAUGAAACUCAGCAAGAUCCGGCUCCCCUACUUCAUGAACGAGCUGACCCUGACAGAGCUGGACAUGGGUGUGGCCACUCCCAGAAUCCUUGGCGCCUCCAAACCCUCAGUUGACCAUCAAGGUCUGUGGUUUGACUUGGAGAUUUCGUACAGCGGCUCCUUCCUGAUGACCCUGGAGACCAAGAUGAACCUGAUCAGACUGGGGAAGGACGGCGACUGUAUGCGCUUCAGAGACCUCAGCAAGGAUGGGUACAGACCACGGACGUACUGCCUAGCUGACAGUGAUGAGGAGUCAUCCAGUGCUGGGUCCUCAGACGAAGAGGAUACUUCAGAGGUCACCAAUGACGUCCCUGGGACAGAGGGACACAUGGGGGGCCGCCAGCCCAGUAAGAUCAUGCGCUUCGUGGACAAGAUCGCCAAGUCCAAGUACUUCCAGAAGGCCACCGAGACGGAGUUCAUCAAGAAGAAGAUGGAGGAGGUGUCCAACACGCCCCUGCUGCUCACCGUGGAGGUUCAGGAGCUCAGGGGCACGUUGGCCGUCAACAUCCCACCCCCGCCCACUGACAGGAUAUGGUAUGGCUUCAGGGGUCCACCCCACCUGGAGCUGAAGGCUCGGCCCAAACUGGGAGAGAGAGAGGUCACACUGGCCCACGUCACCGACUGGAUCGAGAAGAAACUGGACCAGGAGUUUCAGAAAAUCUUUGUCAUGCCAAACAUGGAUGACCUGUGGCUGACCAUCAUGCACUCUGCCAUGGACCCCCGCUCUUUUGGAACGCCCUCCACCUCCACCGUCGAUACGACCCAGAGGGAAACGGAGCCUUCCGAAACAGAGGGGGGCACCACUAACGGCAUAUGAAGGAUUGUUUACAGUAUUUACCUGAUACGUGUGAAUUAGAAUGGGAGCCAGGGGGCUUUGAAGUAGUAUAAGGCCUAUUGGUGCAUAAGGACAUACAAAAAGACUUCUGUUACCACAUUGACAUUCCAAUAGCUCCAUACCCAAGGGUCUUUUUUGUCACUGGCAGAACAGGAUGACCUCAGUCAUCAGAUGAACUUUGACUUUUUAACAAGCUCACUGACCGAACGAGACAGAAGUCAGUCAACCAACCAGGAAGGAGAAACACUAAAAAUAAAAACUCACUUUCUGCUCUGUUUUUUUAAAAUCUGCGUAGGAUGAACUAUUUUUCUCAGAAUGGCACAAAUGUAACAGUGAUACAACCUAGUGGUAUAGGUGGAGCGGUGUGGAGAGUUUCUGUGAGUUAUAAGGUUACACAGUGUCCUAUGAACACAUGGUUAUUUCGCAUUCGCCCUUCACCUUACGUCCUAGGUAGGAAACAACUUAUGUUUGGGGACCCAAAUCAAGAAAUGGUUGAAUGAGACGGGCAACCUCUAGAUUAUACUUUUGUUAUUGUACGGGUGUGUCUGCAAGAGAGUGCAUGUGUGUGUGGAGCCUGACAAUAAAAGCAGGAGUGCAUCCUUUUGACAAUGUCACGUGUAUUAUUUGCCAUAUGAUAUAAGACAUCUAAUGCACCCUAUGCUUUGUCCAGGUGAACACUAAGUGUAUUCACUUGUGUUGUGACCCCACGUCUCUUACUGCUCGGGGUAGAAGUACCCCCUUUACCACAGGUCUAGAAUCAGAUUACCCCAAAUCCUAACCGUUUUGUGGAUGAGAAAAUGUCUGACCCUAUAGCAGUGGUAAAGGGGGAAAAGUUCUACCUACAGUAUUCCCCUCUUAACUGUACACCACACCGCUUCGUAUGCAAACGAUCACUGUGUCCAUAUCUGUAUGGAAGCAGCUAUAUGAAGCCCCUCCCCUCAAUUUUCUCUGCAAGCCAAUGCUGUAGGGUUAGCCGUCAUUACCUAGGCAACACGUGUCUUUAAUUCACUAAUGCCUAUGCAAGUUCCUUGCUAACUAAGGACAUGGACAUGAGGUGAGCAAUGAGAAAAUAGUGUAUAUAUAUAUAUAAUCUUGUGAAGAUAUGUAUUUCUGAAAAGGUGUACAUAAUGGGCCUUAACACCUUUGUUGAAUGUAUGUAUGUAUGGCUAUAUUGACAUUGGACUGUUUUAUUGUCUGUUGUACGGAAACUAUUCCUAACCAAUCACAUGGAUUAUGUUGAUUGGGGUAUGCCAAGUAUUGCACAACUAAAACAGAAGUUUUGAUUGAUGUUUUCCUUGUAAACACUAUUAAUGAAAUACUAUCUACAGACAUGUAUUGCAUAUUUGCAGUGCUAUUGUGUUAUGCUCUCUAGCAUGUACAAUACCCGUGGCACAUGUUGAGACCAUUCCUGUUGUAACCUCGGAACAACAGUUUUUCAUGGUUUUUUUUUUUUUUUCAAAUGAUGUAGGAAGUGUUAUGCUUUUUUUUUAAAUGUUGUUUUAUGUAUUUUCAAAUGGCCAUCAUCCACAGUUGCCAAUGCAUGGAAAUGAGCCCCUUUGCCAGACAUGCUAAAUGAUACUUGGUAGAGUUAAACUAUAUGAUGUACUGUGCCCUUUGCCCAAACCAUCAUUAAUAUUAAAAUAAACUGUUAACUCAAACCAUAAUUGUAGUCUCAAAUCAUCACUAUUGAAGUCUGAAUCACCUCCUAUACUCUACUGUUAUGUUUUCUUCAUUUUGAGUUUAAGUUUUAAAUGCACAGUUUUAGCAUUUGAUUUGUUUACAUGAAUUCCUAUUUGUUUUUCCAUUCGUUCCAUUUAUUUGUCAGGACACUAAAGAACUGUUGUAGAAUGUCUGAGAUGAAGGUUUUUAACUUUCCUUCUACUUCUAAUUCUAAUACUUCUACUUCUAAUUUGGUUUCUUGUUUAAUUUUCGUUUUAGCGAUUAUUCAGUUAGUAAUAUUAUUAUUGGAACCCUUGAUAAAGAUGACGCAAAAAUACUCAAAUAAAUUAUACAAAUACUGCGCUAUAUUGCAUGCAAUUUUAUGUUGAAAAUGUGAUUUAUUGUAUAUUAACACAAUUGCCCAGAGAAAGAGAUUUAGUUUCAAAAGUAAUAAAACAAUUCUCAAAAAGAUAGGUGUCAAAGUUAUUGGCCCCCCCUGUUUUCAGUACUCCAGCACCGUACCUUUGUGAGGAUAAUGACACUGAGGCUUUAAAGAAAAAGAUUAGAGAACACAGUGGGAGGGAUCUUGGACCGUUCAUCCAUACAGAAUCUUUCCAGAUCCUUGUUAAGGGGAUGGUGCUAAGACUAUUGAAAACAGGGGUGCCAAUCAUUUUGACCCCUCUUUUUUAUUUUCUUUAAUUGUUUAGCAAAAUCUCGUUCUCUGAGCAAUUGUAUUAGUAUAAAUAAUAGAAUUCCCCAGUUUUUUGGAGUGUACAAAAUAGCUUAGUAUUUGUAUUUAUUUUAUACAGUAUUUUUGCUCAUCUUUAUCAAGGGUGCCAAUAAUUAUGGACCUGAAUGUAGGUCCUCGUACCAGGUUGGAAUUAGAAUGUUUUGUAACGCUUUGUCUGCUUUCCUGAAAUACAAUGAGGACAGAAUAAUGAUAUGAAUAGCACAUCAGAUUUAUAAUAAUGAGUUGAUGAUUCUGCAAAUAGAUGGCUUAUUUAGAUUUUUAAGGACAAAUUUGUUGAGCCUCAUCCAUGUCUACUGCUUGGCUGAAACUUGGUCUCUUAGUUGGUUGAGACCAAAUUUCCCUAAAGGAAGUGCUUUAAAAUAAGGCCUUUUUAUUUUUAUAAAUGUUGAUUUAGCAGGCCUUGUUAUUUUCUGUUAUUGAUUUUGUAUGACUGAAUUGCAAUGGUAUUGUGGUACAAAUGAUUAAAAAAAGAUCAACUUGCUUUGUAAUUAUUUGCUCUUGAUUGAAAUAAAGUUUUUUUAAUAAACCA